CUUGCACUCGCACACUUAUUGUCAUUCCUCGACGGAACUACGAUAUGCUAGACCGACAUGAAUCUAUGUUCAAUACUCUGAAAUUUGCGGCAAAAUAUACAAGGGCCGUCUCUCAAGAGGGGUAAAUAACUAAUCAGAAUACCGUCCGCUUGGACCAGUGGUCGCUCCGACAUGGCUGUCCUUGGCCGACAAGCGCAUCUGCGUCUCCUUCAACUUGACCGGCACAUACGCCGUACUUCUGGCUGUCGAUCCGACGGCACGGCCAUGUCCGCAUGACUGUGACGUUGUGCGCCUUGAACUGACACACGCUCGUCGGUCGGUGCGUGGCUCGAUGAGCGGUAAGCUUGUGCGUGGGGCAGUGUGUCACUUUGUACGUCGCUGUUCUUGUGCGCUUCGCUGUUCUUGCGUGUGGAAUCGCCCUUGUGUGAGACGGGAGGCCUGUCGAGAAGCUGGAUAACAUCGGCAGCCACCAGUUCAGGUGGCUCAUUCUCCAUCAUCUGAGCGAGGACAGUGUGAAAAUCCGCCACCGCUUCGUCACGAUUGACGUCUGAAAGAAGUUGGACGCCCGGGCCAGCGGUUUCGUUUCCGAACGAGACGCUGCGGGGCCAGCGUUAGACGCGCAUGAGAGACUUCCCUCGCCUUGUCGCCUUGCUCUCCGAUACUCUUCAGCUCAGUGGAAGAGCGAAUGGCCGGCGCGUGCAUACAACACCGCUUUUAUCGCCAGCGCCGUCGCACCAUCAUUCUGCAGCAGCGAGGCAAUGCCGCUGGUGUUAGCCGCACGAAACAAGACACCCCCCACGUCCGGCGGUUUCCUUUCUCGCAAUCGUUGUCCAGUCGCGAUGAGACUCUGCUGUUCGUGCUUGUGUGAGAUCGGCGCGCGCACGGCGGUGAUAUGUACAUGCGCAGUAAAGCAAAGCAGGCGGCGGGUAGACAGCGAGCUGCCGCGGACGCUUUGUGAGGCCCUUGGUGUCGAAAGUUGAAACCCCAAGCCUAAGCGAUUGAGCGCCCGUGUAAUCGAUCAAACAAGAUGAAGAUGGGGCGCCCUGCGUUCAAUCUGAAUCCGAAUCCUUCUCAUCGUCCACGCCGUGGUAAGUAAGUGAUCAGUGGAGACGGGAGGAUGGUGAAUCAGUCGGUUGGCACAUGUCGGAUAGAUUCUUUUGCAGACUUCUCUGCCCACGAAAAGCGAUCUAAUUUGCAGGUCGCACCAGCAAUUGCCGUUGCAAGAUGACCGUCGUGUCCAAGUCGUGUCAAUGCUAUAGAAAGCUGCUCAGUCUGCCCGAUGACAGUUAUCUUUAUAACACGUGACCGGAGUGGACGAUAUAACACCUAUCUUAUCACGCAGGACCCUGCCGGACGGAGGAAUGUCUCAAUUUUAUCAUCACGGUAUCCCAUCAGAUCAGCGGGCUGUAGCGGGUUACCGUUCAUAUUUCCUCUUUAUGCGAGUGCGGGUUGAAUUGGCCGUGUGGAAACCUGUCCAUGAGUGCCGAGAAGAACUUGACUGCAACUCAAAUGCAGCCGGAUUGCCGACGAAUCUCAAGCGUUACAGCUCGUCUGGACUCGUCCAGUCGGGAAAAUUGCAUGCCCAUUACCCACGCAGUUAUUGCCUCCUGCCACAGCUCGGUUUGAGAUCUCUUAUUGCUGUAAUCUUAUCUGAGCGGAACGGAUUUAUCGGACUAAGAGUAUCAAUAUACAAAUAAACGUCAACAACACCGUCUGCCGAACUGCCGACUGCUUCACGACAUCCAUGCCACACGAUCUUCUCUUCACUACUUAUCUGUGUAGAGGAUCGGAACCAAUUGCUGCGUGCAAGCCCACAGACCUGCUCCCCAGCCGGGUUUCUCUUGCGCGAAACACAACCCCAGCAACCCCAGCGAGGGAUGCCGACAGUCCUCUCCUAAACCUUUACUUCACCUGCUUUGCCGAGGCUGUGAUGCAGCAGGGAAGGAUACCACGCGCGUAAAUGACGCGAGCACCUGCAGUGAUUUGCGAUUCGUGAUUCGGCGUCCGUUCGUCCACGAGAUCGACGCGCUCCAGACGUACUGGCCAGAGGCUCGACCGCGUACUUCAAGUACGCACGUAGCGCAACCGUCGCGCGCGCGCGACCAGGCGAGGUUGACUAAUGUGACUUACACUGCUCCCACUUAAUAGCUUCUGCAACGCUCCUUCUAUGAUCCGCGCACACACUUAUCUGCUUCGACAGUUCCUGGUCAGAAGGCCGUCGUGUAGUUCGUCUCCACGCGGUGGAACCACCGGACGCUGACGACAUGGACCUGGGGCCGGGGAAAUAUGGCCUUCCAGGACACGCAUAUAAGGCCCGGCAAGCUAGCCUCCACGGCCCGCGCCAGACGGUCCGACCGACCCACUAUGCUCUGUCUCGCAUUCCUCACCGCAGCUCUGACGCUCGCAGCGGCGACGCCCGCGUCCGACAGCCUCGUCGUGCACGAGACCAGGGCAGCUGCCCCGCAAGGAUUCGUUGCCGGUGGCGCUGCGCCUGCGGGGAAGACGCUCACUCUGAAGCUCAACCUGGCGCAGAACGACCUCGCGGGGUUGGAGUCCCGCUUGCUCGCUGCUGCCACCCCUGGAAGCCCGGCCUAUGGGCAGUGGCUGUCGAAGGAGGAGGUGGAAUCCUUCUCCUCCCCGACCGCCGAAACGACGGCGGCUGUCUCCGCGUGGCUCUCGUCGAACGGGUUGGAGUCGAAUCAGGUCUCGGCAGCCGGCGACUGGAUCUCGAUCGACGUGCCGGUGUCCAAGGCCAACGAGCUGCUCGGCGCGGACUACCAGGUGUUCACUCACAGCGCCAGCGGGCAGCAGACGAUCCGGACGCUGUCGUACUCGAUCCCUGCCUCGCUGAAGAGCCACCUGAAAGUUGUCACUCCGACGACCAGCUUCAGCACCCCUCAACAUCGGAUGCUCGCUGAAGUGAAAGAUGCGGGCGCAGAGGUCGAGGCCCGCGCGGUGUCUUCCGACCACAUCACGAACCCCGACAACCCCCUUUCGUGCGAGACGCUGAUGACACCCCGUUGCCUGAUGGCCAUGUACAACAUCCCGAAAACCCCGGCGAAGAACAAGACGGGCUCGAUCGCAGUCACCGCAUUCGGCUUGGAGUACGCCAACGACCUCGACCUGUUCAACUUCUUGAAGGAACGGCGUCCGGACAUGAAUCCCAACACGACAUUCGGCUUCAUUUCAGUCGAUGGAGGGCUUGAUGAUCAGACCAACGACGUGGCCGGCGUCGAAGGCAACCUGGACAUCCAGUACACCGUCGGCAUCGCCACGGACGUCCCCAUCAACUUCGUGUCUGUGGGGACGACCACCGCGGACGGCGUCUACGAGGGCUUCCUCGACGUCAUCAACUCCCAGCUCAACCUUACGGCGCCGUCGCAGGUAAUGACGACUAGCUACGGCUUCCCUGCGGAGGAAUUCAUGUCCUUCCCUCUCACCUCGGCCCUUUGUGAUUCGUACUUGCAGCUCACAGCGCGUGGAGUGUCUCUGCUGUUCGCCAGCGGCGAUGGUGGCGUCGCCGCCUCGCCUGCUCUCCUCUGCAAUCCUGGAGAUCCGUUCGAAGUGUCUUUCCCCACCUGCCCAUACGUUACGAUGGUGGGCGGGACGAGCGGAUAUCCCGAGGUCGCAGCCAACCUCUCUGCUGGCGGUUUUUCCAACUACUUCCCCCGUCAACCCUGGCAGGAAUCCGCCGUCAGCUCGUACCUCAGCGCGCUCGGCAGCGAGUACGCCGGGCUCUACAACGCCUCGGGCCGCGCGUUCCCCGACAUCGCCGCGGGCUCGGUGAACAUGACGAUGAUCACCGACAGCAUCCACUUCCCCGACUCGGGCACGUCCUUCUCGUCCCCGAUCGUCGCCUCCGUCAUCGCGCUCAUCAACGACCGCCUCCUCGCGGCGGGCAGGCCCGUGCUCGGGUUCCUCAACCCGUGGCUGUACGCGAAUCCGCAGAUGUUUCACGACAUAAAGACGGGGAGCAACCCCGGGUGCGGCACGGAUGGGUUCCCGGCGACGGCCGGGUGGGACCCUGUGACGGGGCUCGGCACGCCUGAUUUCCCCGCGAUGCUGAAGGCGGCUGGGCUCAAGCACUAGGCCCUCGUAGUAGGUAUAGGCAUCAGAUUCAGGUGCCCGGAUAAAAGGCGUUACGAGUAACUACAUGCGGGAUGUCUUCUUUCUGUGAUGGACUGGCAAUUUGACGAGCAGAUAUCAUUCUCACGAUCUACACAUGGACACCGUUGGUUUUUUUUCGGCGGAGGGAGCGCGCGAGAUGCGUGAGAUCGUGCGAAAGGUUUCUCGUACAAGCAACUGUGUGCCAAAAGGCGGUCCAGCCGUGACGGGAAACCCUGGUGCAUCGAAAAUCAGACAAGACGCAAUGCGAAUUACCGCAGCGGUCCCUGUCGUGAUCGUACUGGGGAAGCAGGGGCAGUCAAUCCAGAUCUAAAAACCGGAAUUACACACAAGCAGGUGACGGGCCAGAACCAAGGCAACCCUGAGUGCAAUGGGGCAAUUUCCCGGCAUCUACCGAUGGCUCGCUCAGGACAGACAACCCAUGAUGCGCAGAACAAAUCCCACAGCUUCCGCAAGAUAGAUCUCGCAUGACACUCGUCGUGUUGUAUUAUUUGGCUCCGG